CGCCCACAGUAAACUCGAGAAACCAAAGUGCAAAUUGUUAAAAGCUUAGGCACCACUUAGCAUAACUCGCCCGGGAAUUUUACCAGCGGCAGCGCCCACGAAUAAAAUCCUCCACCAUCGGCUUCCGUCCUUUUUCUUCCUUCCCCCCAGAUCCAAAAAAUUUGCCAACACGACCCGACGAAAUGGCCGAAGAACGAUCGACGAAAACCGACACGACGGUCCGGGACGAACCCGGAACGAAUCCGAAACAUCCGAACCAUUUAUCCCGACUCGAUCUCGUCCUCCCGUUGACCGUCAUCUCUACGAUCCUCUCCAAGCUCGACGUCCGAUCCAUCUGCUCCGCCGCCGCCACGUGCAGAUCCCUCCGCCACUGCGCCUCGCAAACCCUAACCUUCGUCUCGUCGUUCCACGUUAACGACAUUGCGCCUUCGCUGGAUCUGUUAAGGCCGAUUCUGCGUCAAAAUCCGUACUUGAAGAGCCUGAAGCUGGAUUGCGCAAGGCUUGAUGAUUCGUCGAUUGAGAUGUUGGCUCGACCGUCGCUAAAUGAGAUCUACUUGCAUAAUUGUGAGAAUCUGAGCGGGAAGUUACUUUCGCAGUUAGGGGAAAAGUGCCGGGAUCUCAGGACUCUAUAUUUGAGCUCUUUAGCUGAACGUAGAAGGCUUGUAGUGCAGUUUUCUGAUUUAGAGGAAUUGCUUAGCGGUUGUUCGCAUUUAGAGACUCUGAUCUUGGCACUUGAUGUGUCAAAAUUUGAUAAUCCUAAAUUUGCUGAAGUUUGGGCGGCUGCUUCAGAGAAACUCACUUCUCUUGAGAUUGGAUAUAUUCCUAUGGCAAUGUUGUCUGCUCUGCUCACUUUGAGCGCAGGGUCACACCAGCCUGAGCAUCGUAUGAGACCACCAAUAUUUCCAAGUCUUCAGAAACUCUGCCUGUCAGUGGACUCUAUAACAGAUUCCUUAGUUACAUCUAUUUCAAUAGGCCUUCCAUGUCUGACGCACAUUGAUCUCCAAGAUUCUCCCUUUGUAGAACCUACAGCAGCUACCGACCUGACCAACAAUGGCCUUCAGCAGAUAAAUCAACAUGGAAAACUCAAGCAUAUUUCAUUGACUCGGAGUCAGGAGUUCUUAUUCACCUAUUUCCGACGAGUAAAUGAUCUAGGAAUUCUUCUAAUGGUAAACACUUGCUCUGCAUUGGAGAGCAUCAGUCUUGGUGGUUUUUGCCGAGUUACCGAUAGUGGUUUCAGAGAAAUCCUAUAUUCAUGCCCCAAACUUCGGAAACUUCGAAUUUCCCAUGGAAGUCAACUGACAGAUCUUUUGUUUCAUGACAUCUUCGCCACUUCUUUGUCUCUGACUCAUGUAAGUUUGAGGUGGUGCAAUCUCUUGACUAAUCCUGGUAUCGAGAAGCUUUCAUUCAGUAAGGAGCUAUGUGUCCUUGAUCUGAGGGAUUGUCGAAAACUUACUGAUCCUGCCUUGAAAUCUCUAAGCUCUCUUUCUAAGUUACAAACACUGCUUUUGGAUGGCACAGAUAUCAGUGAUUUGGGAUUGUCGUACUUGGGCCAUGGAAACUGUCAAUUAGUCUCACUCUCCUUAAGAGGUUGCAGGAAACUAACAAAUGCUUGUAUCUCUUCCAUCUUCAGCGGUUCUUCAGCGCGCUCUCUCCAAAUUCUGGACCUCUCUAGGCUUCCAAAUUUAUCUGAUGAUGGGAUAUUCUUACUAGCUAAAAGUAGGGUCCCAAUUGUUGAGCUCCGCCUCAGAGAAUGUCCACAUAUAGGGGACGCUUCAGUAAUGGCAUUAGCAUCAAUGCAACUUGAGGGUGGUUUGCUUGGUAGUAGCUUGCAUUUGCUGGAUCUUUAUGAUUGUGGUGGCAUAACUCCACUUUCAUUUCGUUGGUUUAAGAAGCCUUACUUCCCAAGGCUUCGAUGGCUGGGAGUGAUUGGGAGUGUUAAUAGAGAUAUGGUGGAUGCAUUGGCUAGAAGGCGACCUUUUCUGCAUGUCGCUUGUCGAGGUGAGGAACUAGGAACUGGAUAUUGGGAUUCGUUAAGUGGAUGGUAUCGGCAUGAGGAGGACGAGUUUGAUGAGCUUGAACAGUGGCUUUUGGAGGGCGAUGAUGAAGAUGAUGAGGGAGAAGAAAUGGAAGGUUAGUGCUGCUUCUGUAGAUUUCCAUGCUGCAGGCAUGUGUAUCCUUAUUGCACUCACUUAUUUUAUGUCAUUCUUGUGUAAUAGGGUUAAUUGUGGAUAGCCCUUCUCUACUGUUGCUCAAUUGUAGAUAGACCGCUUGUAGUUUCUAUUGUUGCAGAUA